AUGUUUGCGCUUCUACUUUUGCUUGGCUUUGUCAACCAAUCACUCGCCCAGUCCAAUUCGACGGCCCUAGAAGGUUGGCAGUUGGAUGACAACACACGCUCAAGUUGGGACAUUUUCUGGACUUGUGUUUCAACAAUUCUUGCUUGCACAUGGACAGCUCUACACAUCUCUGUCCCAACCCGUGUUGAGACACAGGCAGAAUAUCUUUGGUUGAAGGCAGCGGCGUGGGUAGGCACGAUACUUGCUCCAGAGUUCAUGGCUGGAACUGCAGCCGAAGAACUAUGGCAAGCAAGAUCUGCAGUGGCACGCUGUAAUGCUGCUUUCCGCAUAGUAAACAGCGAACGAAAUGAGUCAGACUCCUCGGAGGUUCCAAAAAUACCAAAGACAGAAGAACUUGACGGUCGCUGGAACAGCAUCCAGGGGUUUUGCCUUGGCAUGAAUGGUGUUCUUCUGCAGACCAAGGAUGAUUGGACAUAUCCAGUACACAGUGGCAAUGUUGUUGCCCUGAUUGGAGCACGCAUUAUCAAGCCAUCUCACUUGAGGGCUAGAGACAUCCAAGACCGUGCCAAAGCUGACUCCUUUGCCAAAGGAUUUACUCUGCUCCAGGCCUUCUGGGUGACUUGCAAUGUUAUUGCCAGAGGAGCAUACGGCCUGCCAACUACAGCCCUCGAGAUUGCUACAGUGGCUUAUGUCUCUUGUGCCGCCGCUACCUAUAUAAUCUGGUGGAAUAAACCGAAGGAUAUGGUAACACCAAUCACGAUUUAUCUGCCCUACGAUCGCGACUCUGAAAGUAUGCCUCCUCAAGUCAGAGAUAUCCUGGACCAAGAAGUUGGGAACUGGGUCCACUCGGAUGCUAUCGCUAGAGACAGUGGUUCUCCGAUAUGGCAAAUCAUUGUCGCAAGUUUCCAUUUCCAACUUACUUUGCUAUCAAUUAUUUGCGCACCUUGGUCAUGGAAUAGGAAAUGGGAAGAGUUGAAAGAAAAGCUGGAAGUGAGAAUUCAAAAUGCAACAGCCAAGUCCUCUAAUGCCCGCAAUGGUGGCCACCAAGACGAGGAAACCCCCCAGGAGACUAAUGAGGCAUCCCAUACCAAUCAUGGUAGCUAUAUAAACCAAGAACUUUGCAAUGAGCCAAAGUCAGAGCCAGUUAUCAUCAAUGGUGAUGAUCAGGGCGAGAAAAUUCCCCAUGGUGUCAUAGCAGCAUCAGAGUCCCAACAGCCGAAAAAUGAACCAAAAGUUGACGAAAAAUUAGCCGUGAUGGAAACCUCUCAAGGAAAAGAACCACUGGUGAGGUCCUCUGAGACCAGCAGAAAUGAUAACAAAGAUUUGGAAACCGAGCCAGCAUCCAAGCCACAAAAGAUGAGGAAUUCAAUAGAAGACGACGAAAAAUUGACGAUCACGGAAUGGACCAACAUCGCUCAUUUCUACAUGUUUGGUGGGCUGGCCUUUUGCGGAAUACAUGUCGCUGCGUACGUACUAUUAUACCCUUCGAUGUUCUUAAUACUGGAUAAAGCUGAUAAUGAAAAUACGCAGAUGGAACUCCACGUUCCCAACACGGCAGGAGCAAAUAGUAUGGCGAGUUUUCUCGCUAUUUGCACUCUUCAUAAUCUGGCCCCUAUACUUAAAAUACCUUUGGGCGUUCUAUUGCCUCCAACGUACGUCAGAUGA